AACCACCGUUGACAUCAAGAAUAUCCAGACCUGCAGUCACUCUCAUAAUCUUCCAAGUACAAGAACUUACUUUCAUCUUUCAAAAUCCUCACGUUCUCUAAAUUCAUCUCCCUAGCACCCAGUUUUUGGUAUUGUGCCCUCUCACCCCUCUCACAUCCACACCUACGACUCUACGACUCUCCUGAACCAAGGCCACAUUUGGAUUCCUCAGGUUGUGAGCCUAACGGCUCCAGCUAUCACUUCCCUCCUUUUCGAAAGGUGUAAAAAGGCCAUUGGAAGAAAACAUUCAUCAUGGCGCCCCUCAGCUCCAUGAUCACUACCCUCCUUCGACGCUCUCAAUUCGACGGAGCCAACUUCGAACUCUCUCCCAUGGCAGUCCACGAUCUCUCCAUCCGCGAUGACCCCAACCCUAAUGGCGAAGUCCAUUUCGGCGUCGGCGCCACCCCAGCCCACACUUUCAACAACCAAGGCUUCCUCGCUCUCUUCGCCAUCCUCGGCACUGGCAUGGCCCUCGUGGCGAUCUGGUUCUUCUUCUGGGCGAAGAACGGCGGCUUUAAAUGGCACAAAGACGACUGGGACGACUACAAGUCCACCGUCCUCCGCCGCAAGGGCCCCGAUGGCAAAACCCUCUCCAACGCCACCAAGAGCACCAACCUCGGCGGCGGCAGCAUCGUCGCGCCCCCGAAAACCGUCUACACCGACGACUCCGCCAGCUCCGCCAUGACCGACGACCGCGACGUUGAGCGCGGCGACUACGCCCACGAAGGCCACCGCGCCACCCGUGAUCCCGAGCUCGCCCACUAUCGAAGCGAGCGGCCCGCCCGCGUCGGCGGCAUGAAUCGGAACUACGACGGCAGCCACUGGGACUCCUCCAACACGGACCGCUCGGCCGUCUCGUCCGACCGACAGGAGCGCACGUCCGACCGAGCGGAGCGCAAGGCGCGACGGGCGCGCCGGCGAGAGGAGCGCGAGCGCGACGAGGCGAGGCAUAGCAGGCAGCCGAGGGAGCAGCCGGAGAUGGAGAUGGCGAGCUCGUACUAUCAGUCGUAUCGACCGAGUCAGCCGCCGAGUUAUCAGGACGACACCGACUCGGGGACGAAGAGCUACCCGUGCAAGAUCCCAGGGCUGUCAAGGGUGGAGGAUGAUAUCGCGCCGAGUGAGAGCGUGAGCAAUAUUGGCAUGGGGCCGAAAAGGGCGGGGCCGGGGCAGGGCGCGAGUGGGUUCAGGCGAGGUGGGGGGAUGAGGGUGGUGCAUGAUGAGGAGGAUGGGUUCUAAUGGAUAUCGGACACCGCAUGAUAACGAAGCGAUCGGACCGUUUAGUAUUUGGCAUUCACUGGCGUUGAUUGAUGGAUUGGAAGCCGACUGUCGGCGUGAUUAUGGAGGUAUCCCGGACCCUAUGAUUGUAGGGACAACGAGG